UUCAUAUCGACAGUCUUUUUAGAUAAAAUCACAAAACCUCCCCAAAACCCCUUGAUACGUGCCACUCUUUUGAACUCCUCAUCCAAAAUUCAUCACCAAUGGAGGUUUUCGCCGGAUCUCCGGCCCUUCCAAGCUGUAAUUUCGUCGACCCACUAACCGAACAAAUCAAACAAAGACUUCUCAAAAAAGGAGUUCAGCCAACCCCUAAAAUCAUCCACACCCUCCGCAAAAAACACCGCCAAAAAUCCCUCCGCAAAUCCAAUCGUCUUGCUUCUCAAUCCCCUGACGAACCCCUCUCUCAAUCCCAGAAAGAAACUUUAUCUCAUGAAGCUUACUUCGAAACCAUUUCCCAGGAAUAUAGAAAUUUUAACAAAGCCAUUAAUUCAAAAUCCCAGAGCUCGAAUUUGGUGGGAAAGCCAUGGGAAUCUUUGGAGAGAGAAAAAUUAAGGGAAUUGGCAAGUGGGUAUGAAGAAAGAGAAUCGAAUUUUGGUGGGAAAUUGAAGUUUGAGCAUUUAAGGGAAUUGGGUUUGAUUUUUGAAGAGAGAAGGGUUGAAGAUUUGUCUUCAUUUUUGGAUGAUGACGUUGAAUUGGAAGAGGGUAUGAUUGAGGGUGAUAAUUUAAGUGGGACAUUUGCUCAACGUCGAGUUUCUGAAGCUGAAGCUAUUAAAAUCCUUGUUAAUAGGCUUAGUGCUCGUGAGAUAACAAUGAAGGAUUGGAAGUUUACAAGGAUGAUGAAACAGUCACGGCUGCAGUUUACUGAAGAUCAGUUGCUUAAGCUUCUUGGCCGGCUCGGCGACCGGGGAUGUUGGAGGCAGGCCAUUGAGGUUGUGGGAUGGGUAUAUAGCAGAAAUGAGCAUAAACAUUUCAAAAGCAGGUUUGUGUACACCAAGCUUCUUGCAGUUCUUGGGAAGGCAAGAAAACCACAUGAUGCUCUCCGAAUCUUCGAGCAAAUGCGUGGGGAUUUCCACAUCUAUCCAGACAUGGCUGCUUACCAUAGUAUAGCUGUUACUCUUGGCCAAGCCGGAAUGGUGAGGGAGCUGAUGAGCAUUAUAGAGCGCCUGAAGGAGAAGAAUUCUAAAAAUAUUAAGAAUAUGCGUUCCAAGAGCUGGGAUCCCACCCUUCAACCUGAUAUAGUAGUAUUCAAUUCUGUACUGAAUUCUUGUGUCACUUCCCAUCAUUGGAAAGGGGUCUCAUGGGUCUUUGAGCAAUUGAGGAAGUCUGGUCUAAAAGCCAAUAGUGCUACGUAUGGACUUGCAAUGGAGGUGAUGCUACACUCUUCAAAGUAUGACCUAGUUUACGAGCUGUUUCAGAAAAUGACAAAAAAUGGCAAGUCUCCAAAUGCUCUUACUUACAAAGUUCUUGUCAGAACAUUCUGGAACGAAGGUAAAGUUGAUGAAGCUGUGCGUAUAGUCAGGGACAUGGAACAAAGGGGGAUAAAGGGAUCUGCCAGCGUGUACUAUGAACUAGCGUGCUGCCUUUGCAACAAAGGAAGGUGGCAAGAAGCAGUGAUGGAGAUUGAGAAGUUGAAAAAACUGCGUCUUACAAAACCAUUGGCCGUGACUUUCACUGGCAUGAUUAUGUCUUCUAUGGAUGGUGGAUAUGUUGAUGAUUGCAUAUCUAUAUUUGAGCAAAUGCUAGAUCAUUGUCCUCCAAACAUUGGAACUGUAAAUGCUAUGUUAAAGGUCUAUGGGCGUAAUGAUAUGUUCUUAGAGGUUAAGGAGUUAGUUGAGAAAGUCAAAGCUGGAUACAAAGCUUUUCUGGGUGAUGGUGACACUCCUCUAAUCCCAGAUUUCUAUACAUAUGGAGCAGUGCUUGAAGCAUCAGUUUAUGCACAUCAGUGGGAGUACUUUGAGUAUGUUUACAAGGAAAUGUGCUUUUCAGGAUACCAGUUUGAUCAGGAAAAACAUGCAGUACUGCUUGUCGAAGCAUCAAAAGCAGGCAAGUGGCAUUUAUUGGAACAUGCCUUUGAAACAACUUUGGAAGCUGGAAAAAUCCCACAUCCAAUGCUAUUCUCUGAAAUGGUCUGCCAAGCAAUUUUGCAGGAUGAUUACGAAAAAGCUGCCAGACUUGUCAAUUCAAUGGCUCAUGCUCCAUUUCAAAUAAAUGAGAAAGACUGGACUGAUCUCUUUAGAAAGAAUAAGGAUAGGAUCAGUGAUGAACACCUUAAAAAAUUAUCCACUACACUUAGUGAAUGUAAUUUGUCGAGUGAAUCCACGGCCUCAGAACUGGUGAAAGCUUUGCAUUCUAUAUGUGGGUCAGCACCAGCUGAGAGCACCUCUUGUAGUGAUUCAUAUGCUGCCAAGGGCACCUGUGUCAAUGGAAGAAUUGCAUACUAUACUGGUGGACACCAAAAACUGCUUAAUGAUGACUUCUACCAAGAUAAAAUAACAGUUGGUCAAUCUAGUUAUGGAAAGCCCGGUAUGAAUGAGCUUCAUGCUGUUAGUUCUGGUGAUGGUUCUGAUGAAGAUGACAAAGCCAGCUUGAGCAGCAAGUCAUCUAGCUUUGUUGAUGUGGCCUCUGAUAAAAUUGCCUGUUUAGGUGAGGGUUUUUUUACAUGUGCAAUCGCAUAGCCAAGAUACCUUCGAAGAAAUGUUAACAUUUGAUGAUUGGGAUUCUAAAGCCAGCGAUAUAGAUCAUCCACGAUUACCUUCAGCAGAUGAAAUAUUGCAAUCUUGGAAGAUAAAUCAGGAAAAAGUAUGGAACUAGUUCCUUCUUGAGCUCUAGUUGGAGUAUCAGUGUUGUAUUGGAUAUACUGAUUGAUUGUUUUUU